AUGGGAGCUACAGCCGACCAGAGUGCAGCGCUUGGGCUGUCGUUCACGGCACUUUGCUCCGUGUUGAAGACCAUCGAGGCCACAAGUAAAAGCGACACGAAGUUGAGUCUGCUGUUUAGCGCAAAGCUGCGUGCCCAAGUGGGCAGGGGUGACCUUUACCCGCUCAUUCGCUUGAUCCUCCCUCAACUGGACCGAGAACGCACUUACUUGCUCAAAGAGAAGAAGAUCGCCAAGCUUUACAUCCAGGUGCUGGGUCUUGCCCCCAUAAGUAAAGAUGCACAGAAGUUGGAGCACUUUAGUGAUCCGAAGAUUGUCGAUAGCAACUCGGUCGGGGACUUUGCAGCUGUGCUCUAUGAGGUCGUGCUCUAUCGAAGUGGAGCGAGUAAACUCAAGCCAAAACACACGAUUCAAGACGUCAACGAGCUGCUGGAUACGCUCGUCCAGGCUGACAGUAAUGCUGCGAGGAAAAACGUGUUUAUGAAGCUAGCAACCGAAUACGCAGCAGAGGAGCAGAAGUGGAUUAUUCGCAUCGUGCUGAAGGAUCUGAAGAUCGGAUUGAGGCAUGAGCGCGUGCUCAAGUUUAUCCAUCCGGACGCCAUGGAGAUGUACAAUCACACGAAUGACUUGCACAAGGUCUGCACAGACUUGCGCAACUCAGCGGUGAGGUACGUGCCUCAGCUGGAACCGUUUCAAGUCUUCACGCCGAUGCUCGCGAAGAGAGUGAAUUUCGGAGAGUGUAUCAGUGCAAUCAAUGCCGAUGCAUUUGUCGUAGAGCCCAAGCUAGAUGGAGAACGGAUCACGUGUCACCUGCAAGGGGAGCAGGUGCAGUUCAUUUCGAGGAAUGGGAUCAAUUACACGGAGAGCUACGCGCCAUCGAUAAAAUCACACGUGCUGUCCCAGCUGGAGCCUGGCGUGGAUUGCAUCUUGGACGGAGAGAUGAUGGUGUGGGACAACACAGAGUACCGGCUUCGUGAAUUCGGCCUGUUGAAGCAUACUGCCAAUGCAGUGCGCAAAGGAGAAGCUACGAACCGUUGGCUGUGCUACGUCGUGUGGGACGUGGUGUAUCUCGGAGGUCCGAAAGCGGAGCAGUUGAUACGUCAGGUGUUUCAAGGUCCUGGUGAAGUGAGUGCCGUGAUGGGUCUACCGCUUGUAGCACGGCGAAAAUUGCUACUCCGAAUCCUUAAACCGCUGGACCACCGGAUCAUUCUGAUCGAACAGAAGCUCAUCAAUGACAAGUCAGCGAAAGAGAGACAUGAACGAGUCAUGGCUGAGGUCGAUCAGCAGGUCUUGAACGGAGGUGAGGGGUUGAUCAUGAAAGAUCUAAACGCACACUACAUGUGUGGAGAAAGCAGUAGGAAGUCGAAGAAAUGGCUGAAGCUCAAGCCGGAUUACGCGGGCAUGACAAACGAUCUCGAUACUCUCAUUGUUGGUGGACUUUAUGGCACGGGACGGCGUCGUAGCGGCAAUGUAUCGGUGUUUCUGCUUGGCGUGCUCGCACACGCGUUAGACGAAAACGAAGCAGCUGAAGCAAUGAAGCCGGGUGCUCCGUGUCCAGCGGUGUACACGUUUGCUAAAGUGGGUACUGGAUACAAUCUGGAUGAGCUAGAGCAAAUGCGACAAGAGCUGGAACCGUACUGGCAGCCAUGGGACGACAACAACAUCCCGCCGCAUUUGAACGGCUGGAAGCCGCAAAAGAGCGACCUGAGACCUGACGUUUGGAUCGAUCCACGGCACUCGAAGAUUCUUGAAGUGUACGGAUUCGAGCUGUCAUUUACAACGCUGUACCAGACCGGACUGACGAUACGAUUUCCUCGGUGCAAAGCGAUACGCAACGACAAGGAAUGGUAUCAAUGCAUUGAUCUUCAGGAUCUAAAUGCUGCUCGCGGAAGCCUCUCAACGAAACGUGCGUCAGAGGUAGCUCUGGGCCAAAAGAGUAUUGCGAAACGCGUCAAGAAGCAAAAAACAGUCUCACCUCGUCGUGCUAGUGGCGUUCUUGAGGAGUACACUCAGGCGGACUUGGACGGCAUAGAACCAGAACGGAACCUGUUUAAAGGGAAGGAGUUCUGUGUGCUACCUGGAAAAUACGAUCCACCUCCACCGAAUGUUCGUUUGGCGAUACGUAAAGGUAUAAUCGACGAGCAUGCCACGCAACUGUCCAAGCAGACUAUUGAGAAGCUGCUGCACGCUCUUGGAGGUCAUGUUGUGCAAAACCCGAUUGAAGGCACGAACUAUGUCGUUGCAGCUGGCGAUGCUGGAUUCAAGGUGGCUAAUUUGAAGAAGCAAGGAGUGUACAACAUCGUGCACAUUAGGUGGGUAUACAGCUGUACAGCUGCUUCGCGUGUGGUGUCACCGAAAGCAAGCGACUUCGUGUUCGCAACUGACUUACAGCGACAAGCCCUCGCCAGGGAGUAUGAUUGCUACGGAGAUCAUUUCACCGACCAUAUCGGUCCAGUCGAUUUCAAAAACAUCAUGCAAGAGGUUCACCGUCAGGCUGGAGCAGAAUCGCAGGCACUUCCUUGGCAGCUCCUAAUGCGAGACUUGGAUAUGGAAGAAGCCGAGUCGAUGAAUGGUGCCUUCACUUUCUUGUCCCAUUGCGUGGCGUACUUCCAGCACUGCAACAACCCGAACAGUUCGGUCCCUGGCGCGAACACAAUCUGGGCUGGCGAAGCAAAGCUGCUCGAGCAGCAGUUCAGGCUGUACGGAGGGGUAGUUGCACACGAGGUUGAUUCUGCUGUUACGCACAUUAUCAUCGACUCGACUGAUCAAGCACAGAAGGCACAACUUUUGCCAGCGCUUCGAGCUUUGCGCCACCAAGGUUUACCAGAACCUCGAGUCGUUACAAAGGAGUGGGUCCAGCAAUGUGUGGAAGAGCAAACUCAGCUUCCCGUGGACGACUUCGCUGUGCGUGUUUAA